AUGGAAUUUGAGGAAGUCGAUGUCUCGAUUCCAUUGACUGAAGACACAUUCGAGUGGACGGUGCAAAGAUACCCAAUAGUCUUUGUGAACUUUUAUGCUCCAUGGUGCCCAUGGUGUCAGAGAAUGGAGCCCUCGUGGGAAGCAGCAACAAAGGAGGUCCAUGACCGGUAUCCAGAAUCGGAUGGACGAAUACGGAUGGCAAAGGUCGACUGUGUGGCCCAAAACAAGCUCUGCGCGAAGCAUGGCAUCACAGGCUUCCCAUCCAUGCGAAUCUACAGGAAAGGCCAUGAUGAGGUGUACGUUCACGGUGCUAAGGACCAUGAAUCCUACACUGGGCAUCGCACAAAAGAAGCUUUUGUUAAAUUUGUCGAGUCGCUGGUGCCUUCUGCUGGUAACCCGAAUACGAGGCAUGCGAAUCUCAAGAAGGUGUCCAAGCAUUCUGGAUGCAACUUGUCAGGCUUUGUGCUUGUGAAGAAGGUGCCAGGUACCCUCCAUUUCCUAGCAAAGUCUUCUGGCCACUCGUUUGAGCACGAGCAGAUGAACAUGACACACCGCGUUCACCACUUCUACUUUGGUGCAAGGCCCUCUCCAUAUCGAUACCACUUCCUCCAAAAGCUGCAUCCAUUGGGUCUCCAGAAGGACUGGGCAGACAAGCUGCAGGAUGAUAACUUCUUUUCUAUCAAUGCCAUGACGACACACGAGCACUACCUGCAGGCUGUGUUGACCACCAUUGAGGCUGGCUCGGGGUCCACCUUCACCGACUAUGAUGCCUACGAAUACACCGUCCACAGCCACGCCUACAUCUCGGAGACGAUCCCGUCAGCCAAGUUCUCGUACCAGCUGUCGCCCAUACAGAUCGUCGUCAGGGAGAGGCCGAGGCACUGGUACAGGUUCCUGACGUCAACCUGUGCCAUCGUGGGGGGUGUGUUCACAGUGGCAGGCAUUUUCGACUCCGUGGUGUACCAAGGAGUGCAGCUGGCAAAGAAGGCAGAGCUUGGAAAGCUGAGCUGA